AUGAGUUAUUCCAGGAGCCUGACCCUCAACGAAAUUAUCGAGGAAUUAGAUAAAGAUGAAGAUCAACCUAUACCCGAUAUUAUCACUAUUUUACCACCAGAAAACUGUAACGCUGAUGUAACAGAUGAGGAUUCUGGUGAUGAAAAUCUCGUUUCGAUGCAUAACUUACCGGGAUCUCAGCUACGUGCACAAGCGGAGGUUUAUUUUGGUGAGUUAUCUAGUGAUAGUGACAGUGAUGAUGAGUUGUCAUUGGCUCAAUUGGCUAAGCGAAGGCGACUUCAAGAAGAUGAGAUUGGUACUCCCCCACAAGAUUCUCCACAGAGCGUGUCUUCUCUAUUCCCGUCUUCUUCAGGCAGUCAAACAACAGUUGUGCCGAAAAAUAAGCUGUAUUGCACGGGACAUACAACCUGCAACUAA